GCCCUCUACAGAGACGUCAUGCAGGAGAACUAUGAGAAUGUGACCUCGCUGGGGUUUGCAGCUUCCAAACCUGCUGUGAUCGCCCAUCUGGAACGAGGGGACGAGCCGUGGCUUCUAGAGCUCCAGGGCUGUGAGGAAAGAGAGAUCCUGGGAGCCACCUGCCAAAGUGGCAAGUUGGUGAGUGAGAAAGAGGAGCAGAAUCCUCAAAUGCCACCACGUGCGGCCAGAUCCCAAGGGAAUGUGUCCUGCAAUCAUGAGCAGGGAAAAUCCUGUGAGUAUCAGUGCAAGUCAGAGAAGGGGCAGGAAAACCAGUCAAGGGAGAAAGUUGGUAAAUCUGUUAAUUAUCAGGGAACUCAGAAGGGUCUCAAGGAAACCAGAGCCCAGCAGAGCAUCCCGGCGGGAGAGAGAAAUAACACAUGCUCUGAGUGUGGGAAAAACUUCCACAGCCACUCACACCUUAUUAGACAUGAGAGAAUCCAUAGCGGAGAGAGACCCUAUGAAUGCUGUGAGUGUGGGAAAAGCUUCACUCAGCGCGCGCACCUUCUUACACAUCGGAGACUCCACACAGAAGAGAGCCCCUUUGAAUGCCAUCAGUGCGGAAAAAGCUUCAAGGAGAGAUCAAACCUUCUUACACAUCAAAGAAUCCACACAGGGGAGAGACCCUACGAAUGCUGUGAGUGCGGGAAAAACUUCAGUCAUCGCUCAGCCCUCGUUGUACAUCAGAGGAUUCAUACAGGAGAGAGACCCUACAGAUGCUGUGACUGCGAGAAGAACUUCAGUUCCCAGUCAGACCUUAUUAAACAUCAUAGAAUCCACACCGGGGAGAAACCCUAUGAGUGCAGUGAGUGUGGGGAAAACUUCACCCAGAGUUCUGCCCUUAUUACACAUCAGAGGAUCCACACAGGGGAGAGACCCUUUGCAUGCUGUGAGUGCAGGAAAACCUUCAGUCAUAGCUCUGCCCUUGUUACCCAUCAAAGGAUCCAUACAGGAGAAAGACCUUACAGAUGCUGUGACUGCGGGAAAAACUUCAUUUACUGCUCAGACCUCAUUAAACAUCAGAGGAUCCACACAGGGGUAAGACCCUAUGAAUGUUGCGAGUGUGGGAAAACCUUCACUCUGAGCUCACACCUUAUUGCACAUCAGAGGAUCCACACAGGGGAGAGACCCUAUGCGUGCUGUGAAUGUGGAAAAACCUUCAGUCAGAGCUCACACCUUAUUAAACAUCAAAGGAUCCACACAAGAGAGAGACCCUAGGAAUGCUCUGAGUGUGGGAAGUGCUUCCAUCAUAGCUCAGCCCUUAUCAUCAGAGAAGCUGCAAGGGAGAGAAACACCGUAACAAAAUUGUCUAAGGCAGAGAAAAGGUUUUUUUCACCCUUUUACACUUUUGCUGUUUCCCACAUUGUGAAUGUUAAGGCUGUUUGCAGCAUUUGCGUCACCGUGGUCUCUCAGCUUCCUCAGCUGAAUUGCCCUCUCUUCCCUUUGGCCGCUCACCCUUCCUUAGGGUGAAUCCCGUGGUCCUAUUUAUCAACUCCUAGGUCAUGGAAAUGUGUCUGCCUCCGACAGGAAUAUCCAUCAGCUCCAGGUGGGGAAAACGGGUGACCACAACUAGCUACAUUGAAGUUAAAUCUACCUGGGCUUUGUCCCCGUUACGAUUUUCCAUGGAGUUAGCUAGCGAGCGUUAGCUAUCCUGAUGUAAAAGACAACUAUUCUUGCACUAAAAAAAAUAGUCCACAGAUAGUCACUGGGCUAAUCCGGUAUGUUUCUUCGUGACUUGACAUAACCUCCAUCACUUUUUCUAGUCUAAACAAACCCGCAGCAUCACGUUUAUACUCGUCUUUCCACUGAAAAAUGAUUGUUAGUCACCCAGUUCCCUGACCGGGGACAGAUUGACUCAUUCUCAGGUCUUCUCACUUUGCACUGGGUUCUGCUGAAGAGCAGUUAUUCUUGUACCAUGUUUCUCAUGUAAAUAUAUUUAAAUAUAAUAAAGAGCAGGAGGAGGGGAAAAAAGUGUUUUUUCAGCCGCUGUGACACCCGAAGAUGCUGGGGUGAGUCGGAGGGAUUCCCAUCUUCCUCGUCACCCCAGCAGUGUUGCCUUCUUGCUGAGUUACUUGAGGUUUAUCUUCUCCACGUUGGACACCUCCCCAAGUGUCAUGUGGUGCAGCGUUCUCGGCUCUCUGUGCUUGGGAAGCAUCCUUUGAUGUCUUUGGUCUUAAAACAUCUUCAUUUAGGGCUGGAGAUGAAAGUGUCACAGAUCUGGGAGGUUUCAGAGGGGUUGCCAUGUUAGUCUGUAUCAGCAAUAAGAACGAGGAGGACUUGUGGCACCUUAGAGACUAACAAAAUUAUUUGGGCAUAAGCCCAUUUCGUGGGCUAAA